AUUGCAUUCAUUUUGCAGUUUCUUUCAUUCAUUCAUUUGUCAGUUUGCGAUAGUUGAAGUAAAGUUUUUGGAAAUUCUAUUAGACUUGUUUUUAUUGAAUUUAUGACCUCAAUUUAUCUAAUAUGAAGAUUUAAAAAUAUUGAGAUCCAUUCUUUAUAACACAAAGCGUUAUUAGCCAUAAGAUAUUGUCUUCAACAGAAAAGGUGAAUUAGUUUUGUAAAGUGAAAAAAUCAAUUAGCAAAAGAGGAAAUUUUUGUCGACAUCAUCAAAUGUAUGAAUGCUUUCGAAAAACUGAGGAGUACAAUUUUGAAGCCGACUCGAAGUAAAGCAUCCAUUGCCAGGAUAUUAAACUAAAAAUAGAUGAAAUAAUCUGAUAAACACUACCAACUGAAUUUGUGUGUUAGCACGACGAAAUGGCUUUAAAAAAAGUGAAGGGAAAUUUCGAACGUAUGUUUGACAAGAAUCUUACGGAUCUUGUGCGAGGCAUAAGGAAUAAUAAGGACAACGAGGCCAAAUACAUAGCGCAAUGUAUUGAGGAAAUCAAACAAGAACUACGACAGGAUAACAUCAACGUUAAGUGCAAUGCCGUUGCGAAAUUAACAUAUAUACAAAUGCUCGGUUAUGACAUCUCAUGGGCCGGGUUUAAUAUAAUCGAAGUAAUGAGCUCGUCACGCUUUACAUGCAAACGUAUUGGCUACUUGGCAGCAAGCCAAUGCUUUCAUCCUGAUAGUGAACUACUAAUGUUGACAACAAAUAUGAUACGCAAGGAUUUGAAUUCUCAAAAUCAAUACGAUGCUGGUGUGGCUUUAAGCGGUCUUAGUUGCUUCAUUUCUCCCGAUUUAUCUCGGGACCUUGCAAAUGAUAUUAUGACUCUGAUGAGCUCGACAAAACCGUAUUUGCGUAUGAAAGCUGUUCUUAUGAUGUAUAAAGUAUUUUUACGCUAUCCAGAAGCAUUAAGACCUGCAUUUCCAAAACUUAAGGAAAAAUUAGAGGACCCUGAUCCAGGUGUACAAUCUGCUGCUGUUAAUGUGAUCUGCGAGUUGGCCCGAAAAAAUCCCAAGAACUAUCUGCCUUUAGCACCAGUAUUUUUUAAACUCAUGACGACUUCCACCAACAACUGGAUGUUAAUUAAAAUAAUUAAACUGUUUGGCGCUUUAACUCCUUUAGAACCCCGGCUAGGAAAGAAAUUAAUAGAACCUCUCACAAAUCUUAUUCAUAGUACGUCCGCUAUGAGUUUGCUUUACGAGUGCAUAAACACAGUGAUCGCAGUGCUCAUCAGUAUUAGCAGCGGAAUGCCGAAUCAUAGUGCUUCAAUACAGCUUUGUGUGCAGAAACUACGCAUUCUCAUAGAGGAUUCCGACCAGAAUUUGAAAUACCUGGGACUGUUGGCCAUGUCUAAAAUUCUGAAAACCCACCCGAAAAGCGUGCAAGAGCACAAGGAUUUAAUUUUGGCGUGCCUAGAUGAUAAGGACGAAUCGAUACGACUUCGUGCUCUCGAUUUACUUUAUGGAAUGGUUUCAAAAAAGAAUCUCAUGGAAAUCGUCAAACGUUUACUAGGUCACAUGGAGCGUGCUGAAGGAUCGCUGUAUCGCGAUGAAUUGCUGUUCAAAGUAAUUGAGAUUUGCUCACAGAGUUCUUAUUUGUACGUUACGAAUUUCGAAUGGUACUUAACCGUGCUGGUUGAGUUGAUUCAACUAGAAGCUGGUUCUAAACACGGGCGUUUAAUCGCCGAGCAACUGCUAGAUGUUGCCAUACGGGUACCAGUUGUACGUCAAUUUGCAGUGAAUGAAAUGACCAACUUGUUGGACACAUUCUCCAUAUCCUCGCAGAGCAAUUCAAUGUAUGAAGUGCUAUACGCCGCAGCUUGGAUCGUGGGAGAAUUUUCAAACGAUUUGGAAGAUGCCGAAAGAACUCUAAAUAUAUUAUUACGUCCACGCCAAGUACCCGGCCAUAUACAAGGUGUGUUUGUACAAAAUGUUACUAAAUUAUUUACAAAACUAGCAACUACAUGUCUGGAAAAUAAGGAUGUUACCGGCUUGAUUCGACUUUGUGAUCAUGUUCUGGAGAAACUUCAAAGUUUUGGUAGUUCGAAUGAUAUUGAAGUGCAGGAGCGUGCGAAUGCAUCAUGUAUUCUAAUUGAAAUGCUCCGUACCCAAUUCAGUAAGUCGCCUAACACUGGCGCGACAUUGAGCAGCAGUUAUCAUAAAAGCACCACAAUUGUGACACUCUCUACCGAGGUGGUUGAAAAUUUGCCUGAGCAUAACACAACCACAAUACCUGCUAUUAUACCGACUCUAGCAAUCGAAAUUGUUCAAGAGAUGACUUUGUUAUUUGAUGGCGAACUUAUACCAGUGGCUCCAAAAGCACAACGCAAAGUUCCACUUCCUGACGGUCUCGAUUUAGAUGAGUGGAUAAAUGCGCCGCCUGAAGAUGAAAGUAGCAAUUCGUCCCAAGAAGAAAAAGAUGAACUGUUUGUGUCAGCUGUUCAUAAUGACAGUGGAACAUUGGGUAAGCGACGCAAGAGUGAAGAGCUGACUCCCGAGCAAAUCGAACGAAAUCGCAUGGCCCGUCUAAUAGAACAAUCUCACAACCCACACUAUAUUAAAUCUUCACCUUCAGCAACAGAUAUGAAUAAACAGAAGGGCCCAACUGCAAGUAACUCCAGUUAUAAUGUUGAUCAAUAUGACAAUAUUGAUGAAAUACCGAUUUCGGAACUGUCCUUGGAUGUACCUCUUCAAAUAGGUGGUAAGUUGUUUGGGAUUCCAUUCAAUAGGAAAUCAGUUUUCACCAAUUUAUAUUUUCGUUAUUUGUAUAUAUUUUCUCAUUUGAAAGUUAUGAAACGUUCUGAUCGCUAUCUAAUACAAGAGAAAACAAUGAGCAAGGAGAAGAAAAAACAUAAAAAGUCAAAGAAAAGCAAAAGAUCAAAAAACAAAGUGGCAUACAGCAGCUCUGAAUCGGAGGAUGACUCGAAACCGCGUCAUAUAGUAAACACAAUCAUGGAUAUGCCUGAAGGUGUGGCUCUUUCGGACAGUGAAGACAAAGAUUGCAAGUUCGAUCCGAAUGAUCCCCAUCGAGCUCUGAAUAUUGAUUUAAAUAUUCCUGAUCUGGAGGAGCCCAAAGGACGAGUGAAGCCCGCGCCCCAAAGUCUAAACAAUAAUUCCCAAACAUUAAUAAAUGAAAUUGAUUCAAAAGGUAAAACCAAGAAACGAGACAAGAAGAAGUCCAAAAGCAAAGAGAACGAUGUAGAAGAGUUCGGACGCCACAACAAAGACUCAGAUAGUGUCCACAAACCCAAAUCAAAGAAGAAAUCGAAAAGUAAUACAAAUACAAGCAAUACUAAUUUGUUAGAUAUUUCACCAGAGGGGGUAACGAGCUUUGCAAAAACGUCGAUGGACGACAGCAACACAACUGUGGAAAAACGCAAGAAGGAGAAAUCACAUAAAUCGAAAGAUACAGGUAAGGGGACCGUCAUCGUAAAGAAAGAGAAAAAGGCUAAACAUCAUCGUAGUCACAGUAAGGAGAAAAAACAUAGUAUUCUCGAAUCGUCGUUAGGAGGUUACGAAGAAGCCAUAGGCAUUUCAACACCAACUGCAAUAGCUAAUAAUUACACUAAAGUAUAGGAUAACAUUAAGCAAAGCCAAUAUUUUGCAUAGGAUUGAAGCUGACGUGUACAUGUACAAAGUAUGUGAAAAAGACUUGCAAUGCAAAAUGUAAAUGUAAUAUCACUUUUUAUAUAUGUACCGAAUCACGAAGGUGGAUCACAAAAUAAUUUGCAUUGCAACAGUCCCAAUUUUUCCGUCAAGUGAAUAAAAAUGUGUUCAAGCGUUCAAAACAUGACUUGGCAGGAAGUUAUGACAAAAUCCUUUAAACUUAUACUUACAGAUGUAUAUUAACGAUUGUUGAAAUUGUUUCGAAACAAAAGAGGUCCUUUCCCCACGCAUACAUACAUAUAUAAAAGCACAUCUACUACAUAUACAUACAGCUUUUCUAGCUUUAAAGACUUUAAAAAUACAUAACUGUCAAAAUAUUUUAUAUCAACUUAUAGAAAUUAUAAGCUUAUGAAUGCUGUAGAGUAGCGAGUUAUGAAAUCUAUAAAGCCUAUUCCUUUAACAAUGCCUCUACAAUCGUAUAUCCUUAUAGACUAACGGAGAAAACGUACAUGCAGUACUCGUUCCCUAAUUAAGAUAUGAACUGUAAUAAAAUAUGAUUAUAUUGUAUAAUACAUAGUAAGUUUGUAAAGUGAAUACAGAAUGAACAAAUAUACAUACAUAUAUAAUAAUCAAUA